AUGGAUAUCCCUAAAAUCUUGGAAUGCUUGAAGGAUUUUCAUCAAAAUGCAAUCGUCAGAGAUGAAAUUAUCAACUUCAGAGAAGAUAUUAGAUCACUAAUUAACACCUCAUUGCAGAAAGGGCUUCUUCGAUCCAUUCAGUCGAAAGCAAUUGCAUUUCCUGAAUUUGCCAAAAAUUCCUAUGUACACAAAUUAAAUAAUUUGCUUCCUAAGUCUACAGAAUCACAGAACCUCAAUAUAUUUCAACAAUUUGCAAAAUAUAAUACGAAAAUCAAACCAAAAAUCAGUAUCCCUACCACUCUUUUGAAAAUGGACAAUAUUUCAGUUCCCUUUGCAUUAUUCACAAGCCAAAAUGGGUCUAUUGAAGUUCAAUCAAGUGAAAUUGUAGAAGAUGACUUUUUUGAGCCUUUUACAAAUAAAAGAUCUUCUUUUAUUCCAUUAUUUUGCUAUAAACUAAAGAGUAAAGGAGUUUCACUUUUAUUUUCAGCUGAUGAUGCUAAAAAAACAUGGAAAUCUGCAGAAAGCAAUGCUUUAUUGCAAUACUUCAUUAAUUGCAAGAGCAAUCCGCAAUCAAUUAUAAGAGUUGUUUGAAGAAAAUGUACAACAUCUAAAUACUACACUAUUAUCAACCGUUCAAAAACUAUUUAUAGAUCUUUCAAAAAUCCACAGAGAAAUAAAAAAAGAGCCAUGACGCUAAAUAAAUCGUAUUCAAAUUUAUGCGAUUUUAAAUAUAGGAACAUGAUUCAGCCUCUUUCACAGUCAGUUAAUAACCCUUUCAAGCUUAAAUCAAAGCCUCAAGAGUUUAUUAGAUCUGGAUUGGUCCGUUCUCGAACUGAAAUUCCUCAUAAAUCAAAUAAAACAAAUAAUUUUCCACUUGAAGCAUCGUUGAGCUCAGAAUGCAUUUUAGAAGAAGAUGACCUGAGUGUUCAAGAAAAAUCAUUUUCGCUUGACGAAAUUAUAUUUAAUGAUGCACGAGAUAGAGGCUUUGUUGUGAAUACCAAAGAAAUUGAAAGCUGCUAUGGGAUAGAAGUUAAUACGAAAAUUCCACAAAUAGAAAAGAUGCUUGAAGAAAUUGUGAAUUUUUUAAGUACGCAGGUAUUUUAUCAGCAAGGCGUUGGUGGGAUUGUAUUGGACUUUAUACAAGAUAAAAAUCAAAAUUGAUUUUUUUUAGAAUGUAAUGAAUACUUUAUUGAUAGUAAACUCCCAAUCGAAAUAGGGAGGAUGAAAAAUAAACAAAUGAAAAUUCUGAAGACAAGAAGAGCCAGAUCUUUUGAUGAAACAGUUAAAAAGAAGUCAGAAGGAAGAGCAAAAGAAAAUAGCUUGCAACGAGUUCGUGAAGAAGUAAAAAAUGAAAAUAUGCUUCCAUUUAAAAUAAGGAAAAAGGCAAGCAAAGUUAAUAAGGCAAGCAUAGAUAGCGAAAAAGAAUUGCUUGUAAGAUACAACACUAUAAAUGAAAAACUAAACAAAAUAAUAUCAAGCAAAAAGCUGGUAUUUUCGAAAAAUUGCUUAGAUGAACCAAGUAAUAAUUAUCCUAUAAACAGCAACUUUUCAUCACCGUAUAACGAUAAGAAAAGCAGCCAGAUUUAUCAAUUUCAAGCAAGCAAAAAGAAAUUGUUAAAUAAACAAAUAGAUUCUUUGUGAAACGAUAAGCAGCAUGCUUAUACAAAAAAAUGUUUUUCUGAUACUGUUGAUCACUUUGAUGAAAUUAUAUCUAAGAUCAAAAUGGCAAAGACAGGCUUUAAAAAUCUAGUCGAAAAAUAUGGAGGAUCUGAAUUUUGGGAUAGCUUUAUUGUUUCUCUCUAUAAUCAAAUUUUAUCAUCUGAAACCCUAAGCAGACAUUUUAAAAAUUCACAACUUAAAGAUUUUGCAAGAAUCCAUUCAGGAAUUUUUCAAAUAUUCAGUGGUAGUGUCGGUUUAGAACUCCGGAGAAAAAUUAGAUCUGUUCACCAUCAUUUAGGUAUAAGCGAAAGAGAUUUUGACUGCUAUACUGAGAUUUUUUUUAAAACUCUUGAUGAGUACCGAGUACAAGAAGAAGACAAGCAAUUAAUUGCAUCUCAAAUUAAAUCGAUGAAAGGUCUUAUUUGUAAGCAGGCACAAUAG